GUGGGCGCCUUCCGCGAGGCGCGGUUCAGCCGCCGCCGGCCGCCCGGGGCCGGCCGCUUCCUCCUCCCUGCCCACCUAGCGCUUUAGUCCGCUGCUGAGCUGGCUUUCCUUGGGAGCUCCCUAGUCUGGUUCUUGCCCCGGCAUGUUUCCUGGGGCGCCGUUGUGGAAUCUUCACGCGGAAGCCCCGGCCCCGCGGAGAUCCCACCGGUGACUCCAACGGCGCCACCAUGAACGGGGUCCUGAUCCCCCACACGCCCAUUGCUGUGGACUUCUGGAGCUUGCGCCGGGCUGGGGCCGCGCGGCUCUUCUUCCUGACGCACAUGCACUCGGACCACACGGUGGGCCUGUCCAGCACGUGGGCCCGACCCCUCUACUGCUCCCCAGUCUCGGCCCACCUCCUGCGUCGUCACUUGCAGGUCUCUAAACAGUGGAUCCGAGCCCUGGAAGUUGGCGAGAGCCAUGUGUUGCCUCUAGAUGAAGCUGGAAGAGAGACCAUGACUGUAACUCUCAUUGAUGCCAAUCACUGCCCUGGUUCUGUCAUGUUUCUCUUUGAAGGAUACUUUGGAACCAUCCUCUAUACAGGUGAUUUUCGAUAUACACCAUCUAUGCUAAAGGAGCCAGCCCUGGCAGUAGGGAAGCAGAUCCAUACUUUAUAUUUAGACAAUACCAAUUGCAACCCAGCCCUGGUUCUUCCUUCCCGACAAGAAGCUGCGCAACAAAUUAUCCAGCUCAUUCGAAGGCACCCACAACAUAACAUAAAGAUAGGGCUCUAUAGCUUGGGAAAGGAGGCACUGCUGGAGCAGCUGGCCCUGGAGUUCCAGACCUGGGUGGUAUUGAGUCCUCAGCGCCUGGAGUUGGUGCAGCUGCUGGGCCUGGCAGAUGUGUUCACGGUGGAAGAGAAGGCCGGCCGCAUCCACGCUGUGGAACACAUGGAGAUCUGCCGUUCCGCCAUGCUGCGUUGGAACCAGACCCAGCCUACCAUUGCCAUCCUUCCCACAAGCCGGAGCAUCCACAGGUCCCACCCUGGCAUCCACAUCGUCCCCUACUCUGACCAUUCCUCCUACUCUGAGCUCUGUGCCUUCGUGGCAGCGCUGAAGCCGUGCCGAGUGGUGCCCAUCGUCAGCCGACAGCCCUGUGGGAACUUUCAGGGUAGUCUGAGUCCCCUGCUCCCCACUCCCUUGAUCCCAGACUCUGUGCGACAGUACAUGAGCUCCUCCGCUGAGAAGCCAGCAUUUCUCUGGCUGUUAGAAAAGAGGUUAAAGAGGCCCAGAAUCCAAGGUGUUGUGUUUGAAUCUCCUCAGGAAGAUGAUGACAAAUCUCAAGCUGACAGAGACUCAAAGACCAAGAAGGAAAGCCUUUCUCCUUCGCCUAGAGACUGUCAAAAGCAGUCCUCCUUCCAUCCUUUGAGGGUCAGGAAGCAGUUGUUCUCAGAUCUCUGCGGCAGAAAAGGGGAUGAAGACAUCCCUUUCUGUGAGUCCCAGAAGACUGUGACUGUGUUGACUGCCCCACGGGGAUCUUCAGAUGAAGACUUUCUUUGUCCAGAAACUACAGAGGAACUAGGCCUAGGGUCCCCCUUGAUACCUAAGGGAGACAAUAAGGGCCCCACAGUCCCAGGAAACCAAAGUGCCUGGAUGGAUCAUGACUUUCCCCCAUUUCCCAGGGGCAGUGCUGCUGCUUUUCUCACUGCUGAAUCCAGAGACCUGGCACUAAAAUACCUUCUCACUCCAGUGAACUUUUUCCACUCAGGGUUCUCUUCCAGGAGGUUUGACCAGCAAGUGGAAAAAUACCAUAAACCCACACUGAAGUACAGGCAGGAGACUGCCGAAUGAUAACCUUGUUAUAGCACUGCAGUUUUUAAGAUAGUGUUGUAGGUAGUGCUGAGGACAGGCUGCUGACUAGUAGGAUCUUCUCUUUUUCUUUCGUCUGUUCCUUCAUUCUUUGUUAUGUUGGAAAUCAAACCAGGGGCAGUCUACCACUGAGUUACAUGUCCGGUCCUUUUGUUCUGAGACAGGGUCUCACAAAGUUGCCCAAGUAGGACUUGAACUUGUGCUCCUCCUGCCUCACCCACCCUGAGUGCUAGGAUUACAGGUGAGGAGCCCUGUGGUUGCCUUUACUUCCCUGGAUCAGGUCCAGUGGGCUCGUCCUGGAGCAAUGCUUCACAAAGCUUGUUCACUGAAGCCCUGUUACAGGUGACUUUUUUU